AUGGAGCAAGCAGCUAUCGAGGAGGGCGCUCAGUUGCUCGAGCUUAGCGGCUGGACCGAGGGCAAGCAUGCUGUCACCAAUCCCGACGGCUAUUUACAAGAAUGCGACCAAAAUCCCCCACGCGGCGAUACCUUUCUCUCCAAUUUCGUCAUGCUCAGACAUCUCCCCGCCGUCAUCUCUUUCGACAUCGCCGCCACCAAGAAGAUCCCAAAGAGCUGGCCCGCUAUCGGCGACUAUCUUUCCCAGCAAGUCGGCCAUUCCUUCCCCGUACUUGCCUUGUUGAACCACUCGAGGGCCGUCAGGGCUAUUGCCGGCUGUAUUUGCCUCAACUUGGACGCCAUCGUUUGCGGCAUCGAGCCCGACGCCAAGUACCUCAUGGACAUCGUCUUCGCCGGCGUUAAUCGCAACAGGCUCAUGGCCAAGGAGUUCCGCAAGAUGACCAAGCUCAUGGUUGAUUACUACGACGAGGACUGCAUCAACGCCGUCUACGAGUUUUCCAAGGAGGACACCGAUUUCUCAGUCGAUUUCAUGGACGCCCUCUCCGACUCAGCCUUGAUGGACACUCCCUUGUCCGAGAUGCAGGUCCGCAUGCUAUACAUCGCAAAGGCCAGUUCAUAUGCCCCCACGAGGACAACCCAGGCCGUCGUCGACUCUACAAAAGCCCCGCGUUUCAAUAUAUAA